CACUCUUUAUUUUACGCUCCCAAGUCCCUAGUCCCAAGUCUUUAUUCCUAACCUCAGUCUCGACAGUCGCUCCUCCGUAGCUCGCCACCCCCACAGCAACCAGCGUCUCCCGCAGUCAGCCAUCAUACAAGUUUUUUAGACAAGGGUUCACGAAGCACAGAAGGAAAUGGGGAGGAGGAUUUUGAAUGAAGCUUUGAGAGCAAUGGUGAAUGCGGAGCGGAGAGGAAAAGCAUCAGUGGAAUUGAAGCCCAUCUCCACAGUCAUGUCUUCUUUUCUCAAGAUCAUGAAAGAUCGAGGGUACAUCAAGAAUUUUCAGGUUUACGAUCCACAUAGAGUGGGGAGGAUAACAGUUGAACUACAAGGUAGGAUUAAGGAUUGCCGAGCUCUCACUUACAGGCAGGAUAUCAAGUCGAGGGAUCUUGAAGGGUACAGAUUGCGUAUGCUUCCAACACAUCAGUGGGGUUAUGUUGUGAUCACAACCCCAGAUGGCGUUUUGGAUCAUGAAGAGGCAAUUAAAAGGAAUGUGGGCGGACAGGUCCUGGGUUAUUUUCAUUAGACUCCAACCUCGUCACUUCGAUUCAUUAUGCUUGGAUAGAAAGAUGGAAAGAGGUUCUCCAAUAUGAUCGCAGCUUGCCUACACCAGCAAGAAUGUGUCAUGCCGGCUUCUUUCUUCAUUGCAAUUUUGUGUGUACCGAUUAAGGAGAUGAUGAACACAAACAUGUUCCUUUCUCUUCUUAAUUUACUGGUGAUUCAGUUACUGAACUGUGAUAAAGCAUGAUCAAAUUGGAUCCACGCAAAGAUCUGGUCCCAUAUUAUGGAACAGUAUCAUUUUUCCUAAGAGAGUUGUAGUGUCUGGUACAAUAGAUUCCUUUGGAAAAUUGGUUGAAAAAAAAAAGGGAUGGAAAAUAAUUUAA